AUAGGUGGUUUUUUUCAUGUGACUGCGCUUGUCACACAUUGAACGUCACUUGGAUUUUUCUCCUUGUCUUGUGUGGAACGAAGUUAGAAAAAAUUUGCAGCGUAGUUAAGAAGUGACUUCACUAAAGUUUUCUUAAAAUAUUACAAGUGAAAAUGACUAGCCAAACGCAAGGUAUCCAACAGCUGCUCGCUGCUGAAAAGAAAGCCGCCGAAAAGGUAGCAGAAGCUAGAAAACGCAAGGCAAGAAGAUUGAAGCAAGCCAAGGAUGAGGCCACCGAAGAAAUUGAGAAAUAUCGCCAAGAACGUGAACGUCAGUUCAAAGAAUUCGAAGCCAAGCACAUGGGCUCGCGUGAAGGUGUUGCCGCGAAAAUCGAUGCUGACACCCGCACUAAAUUAGCCGAAAUGGAGCGUUCGAUUUCCACUCGCAAGGAACCUGUAAUAGCAGAAGUACUACAAUUUGUGUACAAUAUUUCUCCCGAAUUGCACAAAAACUACGUACAGAACUAAAUGGUCUUAGCCAGGGUGAAGGGAUUGAUGCCAGCUUGCAUGCAUUUCUUUUAUUCAUCGUGUACUUGUAAAGUUAAUUAAUGAACUAACCAAACAAACUAGCUAACUAAGCAGCAUAUUCCCAAAAUUUCGUAUACGUUCCAUUUAAAUUCAUAUUUGUGGUGCCGUUUCGCCUUUACUUAAGAAAAAUUCCAGAUAGCGUAUCCUUUCACUGAAAGUCACUACUUAAUAUAUAAAUACAAAAGUGGGCGCAAAUGCACCGAAUGAUUUUAAGCUAAAAUAUUCCAAGUAUUAUGCCGAAAAGUAUGAAGAAAAUGUAUGCUAUCAUUGUUAUCAUAAAGUGUAACUAAUAUAUAAUUUGUGUUCUUGUUGUUAUGCAAUAGUUAAAGAAAAAAGUGUGAAUAUUUAAGCAAUAAAAGUUCAUUCAUAUUUUUCUUUUAUGGCCUAAAAAUUAUCUAA